GAACCUCUUGCUCCUUCACCACUUCAUCGAUUAAGAGUCGACGUACAUGUCUCAGCCUCCGCCCUACAACGCACCUCCGCCAGAGAAUCCAGACAGACGACCGCUCCCGCCAGGAUGGAUUCAGCAGUACGAUCAUAAGUACAAGGCAUGGUUCUACGUGAACACGCAGGAAAGUCCUCCCAGAUCAUCGUGGGUCCACCCACUCGGCCCUCCUGGGUCGCCAGCUCCCCCUAGCAACUUUGCCCCUCCUCCCGGGGCUCCGCCGCGCGACGCGUAUGGCCCCGGUCCUGGCUAUAACCAGGGCCCUCCCCAGCAGCAGUGGGGAGGUCCGCAGGGCGGCUACGGCGGCGGGUACCAGAAUUACGGCGGGCCUCCACAAGGGUAUGGCGGGCCGCCACAAGGCGGGUAUGGAGGACCUCCGGGGGGAUACCAGGGAGGCUACCAGCAGGCCCCGCAGAGCGGGAGAGGCUGGUUCGGCGGGGGCAGUACUAGUCCCCAGCCGCAGGUCGUGUAUCAGCAAGCGCCUCCAAAGAAGUCCGGUAUGGGCAUGGGGACCGCUCUCGCGGCCGGUGGUGCUGGUCUUCUCGGCGGCGUCCUGGUUGGCGAGAUGAUCGAGGAUCAUAUCGACGACGAGCGCCAGGAGUCGUACGACCAAGGGUUUGACAACGGCGCUGACUACGGCGACGGAGGAGGCGGAGACUGGUAAUUACCCUCUACACGGCGUUCAAUCCGUCUAAGCCUUUGUAUACUCGUGUAAUAUAGACAAUUGGGGUGUGAGUGUUUCGACAGCAUCGUUACGAGAUAUGUAUGGUGCACAUCUUGUAAUUUAGUCUGGUAUUCGGAUGGGACUUGGGAGAAGGCCUGAUGUGAAUAUUAUUGCUUCGGAUUGGUAUUUUGACAAUGGUUCUCGUGUGCUUCACUUGCGAAUUA